CACGACUUCUACCGUCCCAGGGCAUCGACCGGCGGAAUGUAACCUUGAACGGCUAUAAAAGCCUCAUGUUCAAGCAAGUGUGCAAUGGGUCAAACUGAUUCAAACUAUCUGUACAAUGGCAAGCCAACAAAACCCCUCCUUUCAUGCCCCAGCUGCUGGGGCCGCAGAAAAAGCGACGAAUUCCCCGACUCCAACGCAGGAGGUAACCCCGGUCCCGGCUUUGGACAAUGCGCUCCCGCCCAUCCGUGAAGCAUGGAAUCGCCCCGGACCCAAUGCCUUCAGAGUGGCCAGCUGUUUCUGGAGCCUCUUGAAUCUAGGCGCCUUUGAUUCUGCCUACGGAGCAAUCCUUCCCCACCUCCAGAAAGCUUACAACGUCAACUACAUCACCGUGUCCCUGAUGUUCCUCUCCCCUUUGGUAGGAUACGUCGCCUCGGGAGUUCUCAACACUAGACUCCACAACGCUAUCGGCCAGCGUGGCUUGGCCGUCCUCUGCGGCGUGGCCCACGUCCUAUCUGCCGUGAUCAAUAUACUGCACCCGCCGUUUCCUGUGCUUGUGGCCUCAUUCAUGCUUGGCGGCCUAGGCAACGGGCUCGCCGAUGCUGCGUGGAAUGCCUGGAUUGGGAAUCUGGACCGUUCGAAUGAGCUGCUCGGUUUCUUGCAUGCUGCUUACGGCGUCGGAGGUAUCUUCAGCCCCCUGAUUGCCACGGCCAUGAUCGCUCGAGCAUCCAUGCCGUGGUACACUUUCUAUUACGCUGUAUUGGGAAUAUCGCUCAUCGAACUUAUUGCUUUAACUUCGGCGUUCUGGAACCAUACUGGGCGCCGCUACCGAGACGAAAUGGCUUCCUUGCAAGGAUCGGACGGCAACAUUGUGAGCAUGCGCAAGACCCUCACCACCCUUCCCGAAGCUCGUAUUGCUUGGCUAUCGGCGUUAUUCGUGCUCAUCUACAUCGGCGUCGAGGUCUCCGUGGGUGGUUGGAUCGUGGAGUUCAUGCUGCACGUCCGGAAAGGCUCCGCUUUUGCUAGCGGCAUGUGUGCCACCGGCUACUGGCUCGGCAUGACCGUUGGUCGGAUCGUGUUGCCCUUCGUGACGAACCUCAUCGGUCCCAAGAUCGGCGUAUCGGUUUAUCUCGCUCUCGCCAUAGCUGCGGAGCUGAUCUUUUGGCUCGUACCCAAAUUCUACGCUUCCGCCAUCGCAGUCGCUUUCCAGGGCAUGUUCAUCGGGCCCAUGUUCCCACAUGCGAUCUCAGUCGUCACCAGUCUACUGCCCGCUUCUCUACAUGUCGUGGUCAUUGGAUUCAUUGCGGCCUUGGGUGGUUGCGGGGCGUCACUAUUACCAUUUGCGGUGGGCAUACUAGCACAGCGCUUCGGUGUGGUAGCUUUGCAGCCAUUCGUUCUCGCAUGCCUGUGUCUAUCAUUGAUUGUCUGGCUUCUCAUACCCCACAAAAAGAACAAGAAUGUACAGUAGUGCGAGUCACAAGCUGGAGAUGCCUUUUCAGAUCUUUGCCUUAGGCGUAUCGAACUCUUGCAGCGUCAUGAACCAGUCAACAGUCUUCUCAAGCCCUUCUCUCAGUCCCACUUUGGCCUCGUGUCCGAGCUCACGUCUGGCCUUGCUUGCGUCUGGAACUCUCCGGUAGGGGUCGUCGUCCGGCUUAGGUCCGAAAAUGACUCGAACCUGCGGGCGCCGCGUCUUCUCGGCAACGAUUUCGUUGAUCAUGACAGCCAUCUUUCCGAUGGUGGUCUCCUCUUCGCGCCCGAUGUUGACAGGGUCCAGAACUCCAC